AUGGACUCGGAGAAACAUCUAUCUUCGUCUACAGAUACCGCACCAGAUCCUUCCAAUCCUCCUAUUUUGCAUGAAGAUGUGAACCAACAUCUUGAUCUGAACUUGCCUAUAUGCCAAAAUGAAAAUAAAGACAUUAUGACCACUCCUCCCCCUAUGUAUUCACAACAGAAAAACAUUGAAGAACAGAAACACCUGAGCUUCCUACAACGACAGUGGGACAAGUUCCUUGGCGGAUUAGAGGGCUUACUUUACGAUAAUAGUAACCACGAUGCCCAAUAUUAUAGGAAAAUCAAACAGAAAUCGUCUUCCACUUCGGCUAUCUUGGUGGGUAUGAUGGCUGCAGUAGGUGGUUUCCUUUAUGGCUACGAUACAGGUUUGAUUAAUGAUAUACUUGAAAUGAGUUACGUCAAACGUCAUAUAGCAACGAAUGGAGUUCGAUUUUCUGUUCACGAAAGGGCAUUAGUCACUGCUAUAUUAUCUUUAGGUACAUUCUGUGGGGCCUUAGCAGCUCCACCAAUAUCCGAUACCUAUGGAAGGAAGUCCAGUAUAAUGGUAUCCUCAGGUAUUAUAUUUAUGAUUGGGAAUAUAUUACAGGUUUCAUCACAAUCCAUUACAUUUCUAUGCAUAGGAAGAGCAAUACUGGGUGUUGCUGUGGGACUUUUGUCUGCUAUUGUACCUUUAUAUCAAGCUGAAGCAUCUCCUAAAUGGGUUAGAGGUUCCAUUGUUUUCACUUAUCAAUGGGCAAUCACAUGGGGUUUAUUGAUUGCUAGUGCCAUUUGUCAAGGUACCAGAAAGUUGAAUAACCUGGGAUCUUAUCGAAUACCUGUUGCGCUUCAAUUCCUUUGGGGGUUGACUCUUUGUGUGGGGAUGUAUUUCCUUCCGGAGUCUCCUCGUUUCUACGUGACAAAGAAUAAAUUGGAUUUAGCCUUAGAGAGUUUGUCGAUGUUGAGACGACUCCCCAGUGAUGAUCCUGAUUUAAUUGAAGAAUUGGUUGACAUUAAGGCCAAUUACGAUUAUGAAGUAUCCUUUGGACGUACUACAAUAUUAGAUUGUUUUAGGAAUGGAGGUGGGAGACACAAGCAACGCUUAAGAAUGGCUACGGGAAUGGGUGUCCAAUUUUUUCAACAAUGUAGUGGUAUCAACUUCAUCUUUUAUUAUGGAACUAAUUUUUUCAUUAGUGCUGGUAUGAAGAAUAGUUAUCUUAUGUCAUUUACAACAUAUUGUGUCAAUACCGUGUUCACUGUUCCAGGAAUCCUUCUUAUUGAUAUUGUUGGCAGAAGACCACUUUUACUAUAUGGUGGGGUAGCUAUGUCUUGUGCCAACUUUAUCAUUGCCGUGGUUGGAGUUGCUGUUCUGGAUACGUUCAUAAGUUCUACAAUAUGUAUAUCUUUCCUGUGUGUGUUUAUUGCUAUUUUUGCAAGUACAUGGGGUGGCUGUACUUGGGCACUUUGUUCGGAUAUCUAUGGUAUAAGUAUUCGUCAAAAGGCAAUGUCACUAUCUGCUGCCACCAACUGGUUGGUGAAUUUUGUGUUGGCUUAUGCCACUCCUUAUCUUAUUGAUACUGGACAUCACACUGCAGCAUUAGGGAAUAAGAUUUUUUUCAUUUGGGGAGGCUUUAAUGCCAUGGGAGCCGUUUACGUUUAUUUCAUGGUUUAUGAAACAAAAGGUCUUAAAUUAGAAGAAGUGGAUUUCAUGUAUUUGAAUUGUUCUAAUGCAAGACUGUCAUCCAAGUUUAAAUCUAGAAAGAUUGAUUAUGACCAACUUGAUCAACCUUCUUUGGCAAUCCCUAAUUCACGGAACUCAAUAUCGUAUGACCACAAUGAUAUGAACCAUUUGGAUGUGAGCUCUACUUCAUCGUUUAAUAAUAGAGAUUUGGAGUCUGGUCCUCCAUCUUCGUCUGAUUCUGGAAGUAAUAGCAACACUAUAUCUCCUUCAAGUUCACCCCCACCUACUUCGAAAGAUGCCCAAAUUAUAUGUGAAAGCGCAACUAAUGGCAGCACACCUCCAAACAAUAUUAAUAAUGACACUGCUACUAGUUACUAUAUUUCUCAAUCAGUGUCUAAUCCCAAUAGUGCGAAUAAUGCAACUGGGAAUUUUAAACUUAAUUCGACAGCAAGAGACCCUAGUUUGAUGAUUAUUCCUUAUCAAAACACAGGACUUCCCAAUGAUGAUAGUGAUGAAGAUGAUGACGGAGAUGAUGACGAUGAUGAGAAUGUUACAGACUAUCAAUCCUAUUUAAUGAGCCUUCAAUCUUCUAAAGUGAGUAAUUCUCAAACCCUGGGUCUGAUAGAUACUCCAAAAUAUCCUAUUCAAAGUCAUCAUCAAAGUGUUUUUGAUGAAUAUGAGGACCUAAUGAACAGACAAGCAAUUGGACAUACAGUUCAAUUAACUUCUUCUUCAACAAGUUCAAACCCUGGUGGUUUGGAAAAACCCACAAUCAUUGCUACGCCUUAUUUUAAUGCCCCUCCGGAAUUAGAUUCUCUGUCGGAAGAAAGCUCUUUAGAAGAAGAGGAGAACAGGGAAUAA